CUUUUUUCCUCCGCUUCUUCUACCUUACGUUGUCCCUUUGCAGAACAAUUUCCGGCGAAACCGCCGGAUUUCGACCGUUGGUUCCGCCGGAGAUUCUCUUCUCCCAUCAUUCCGGCUCUGCAAGAUCUCUCUGUGAUACAACUAUUUGUGCACUGACAAGUUGGGAGAUAUGGAUGGGACUAAAGAGAUGGGGCUUAAAAAUGUGAGCUCGCAUUGCUCAUUGUCUGAUAUGGAUGAUUAUGAUCUCUCACGGCUUCUUGACAAGCCAAGGCUCAACAUUGAAAGGCAAAGAUCUUUUGAUGAGAGGUCGCUUAGUGAAUUGUCAAUUGGUCUCACGAGAGGCGGAAUGGACAAUUUUGAGAGCACAUACUCCCCCGGGGUAAGGUCUGGUUUUGAUACCCCAGCAUCAUCAGCGCGGAACUCUUUCGAGCCUCAUCCAAUGGUUGCUGAAGCCUGGGAAGCCCUCCGGCGAUCUUUGGUAUUCUUCCGGGGUCAGCCUGUUGGCACAAUAGCUGCCUAUGACCAUGCUUCGGAGGAGGUUCUAAACUAUGAUCAGGUCUUCGUACGAGAUUUUGUACCUAGCGCUCUUGCUUUUCUGAUGAAUGGAGAGCCUGAGAUAGUUAAGAAUUUCCUCUUGAAGACACUACAUCUUCAAGGCUGGGAAAAGAAAAUAGACCGAUUCAAGCUAGGGGAAGGUGCAAUGCCAGCCAGCUUCAAAGUUCUUCAUGAUCCUAACCGGAAAGUAGAUACUUUAAUUGCUGAUUUUGGUGAAAGUGCAAUUGGGAGAGUCGCUCCAGUAGACUCAGGAUUCUGGUGGAUAAUUCUGCUUCGUGCAUAUACAAAGUCAACUGGUGAUUUGACUUUAGCAGAAACUCCUGAAUGUCAAAAGGGAAUGAGGCUUAUACUAUCUCUAUGUUUGUCAGAGGGAUUUGAUACAUUCCCUACUCUUUUGUGUGCUGAUGGAUGCUCCAUGAUUGAUCGAAGAAUGGGUAUUUAUGGUUAUCCUAUUGAAAUUCAAGCCCUUUUCUUUAUGGCAUUGAGAUGUGCUUUAGCCAUGCUGAAACAUGACACUGAAGGCAAGGAUUUUGUGGAGAGAAUAGUUAAGCGUUUGCAUGCCUUGAGUUAUCACAUGCGAGGUUACUUCUGGCUUGACUUCCAACAGCUGAAUGACAUAUACCGUUACAAGACAGAGGAGUACUCUCACACUGCUGUAAAUAAGUUUAAUGUAAUUCCUGAUUCUAUCCCAGAAUGGGUAUUUGAUUUUAUGCCAACACGCGGUGGUUACUUCAUUGGCAAUGUUAGCCCUGCUAGGAUGGAUUUUCGAUGGUUUGCUUUAGGUAACUGUGUUGCUAUUCUAUCUUCUCUUGCAACUCCUGAGCAAUCUAUGGCUAUUAUGGAUCUUAUUGAAGCACGCUGGGAGGAGCUGGUUGGAGAAAUGCCUUUGAAGAUAAGCUAUCCUGCCAUAGAAAGUCAUGAAUGGAGAAUUGUGACUGGUUGUGAUCCUAAGAAUACUCGAUGGAGUUACCAUAAUGGAGGAUCUUGGCCAGUGCUCUUAUGGUUGUUGACGGCUGCUUGCAUCAAGACGGGACGUCCUCAAAUUGCAAGACGAGCAAUUGAUCUUGCUGAGGCCCGUCUGCUGAAAGACAACUGGCCGGAGUAUUAUGAUGGGACACUAGGUAGAUUUAUUGGUAAACAAGCUAGGAAAUAUCAGACGUGGUCAAUUGCAGGAUAUUUGGUGGCAAAGAUGUUGCUGGAAGAUCCCUCACACUUGGGGAUGAUAUCACUGGGAGAGGACAAACAGAUGAAGCCUCUGAUUAAGAGAUCAUCCUCCUGGAAUUGUUAAAAGAGAAUCUAUCAGUCAGUCAAAGUAGUUGCAGGCACUGUUAAUAUUGCCAUGUUGGUUCCUGGAUAAAAAAUGCUGGGACAAGGUUUGGGUUACAUAUCGUGGUUGGGAAGAGGUCGUGCGUGACGCUUUUGUUCAAAUCCUAAAGAGUGUAUAAAGUUAUGUAGAGAACAGGAUCCCACAACCCUCCAUUGUAUGGUGUGGUUCCCAUCUAAAAUGGAUUAUUUAUUCGCCACAUUAUGGAAUAUAAAUUUUGAUGUUUGGAUUCAA